GACAAGAGUAAAAUACUGUGAUAUAACUGAUGUCAUAGAUGGGAGUGUCACGUGUCAUGUCUUCUUCUUUCUCCCGUGUGCUGCUAAAAUGUCCAUUUGUUUAGAUGGAGCAUCCUACAUGCAGAAGGGCCCCUAACGGGACCAUCCUGCCCACGGCCUCCCCAGAGGCCCAGGCCCUCUUCACGCGGCAGCCCCCCAGUGCCCAGGCGCCUUACAGGGCAAAGAGGCCGGAGGAGGUGGACUCGGAGGCCUGGGUUCAUGUCGUCUCCAAGGGCGGUGACACCGCCAACGCCGCCCUGGUUCUGAGCCGGUGGAAGGUGCAGUUUGGCCGCUACCAGGGCAGAACCUUCCUCUGGCUCCUGGAGAACGACGUGGGCUACAGCGUCAAUCUGGUCGCCUCCCACCAGAAGGAGCGCGAGAGGACGCAGUCUCAGUCCCCGCUGAUGGCCAACAAGGACGCCUUCACCCGCUACUCCUCCGCCUAUCCUGACUUUGUGGAGGCUGUCAGGUUCCACAGGGCAUUUGAGGAGGCGCAGGCAAAUUCCCUCCAGCCCGGUCAGGAGGGACGGGCCCUCGUUGGCUUCGGGGACUUCAAAUUCGAGACCCUGGAGAGCCUCUACGAAUCUACGGACAACAAAAAGAUCCGUUUUGUCAAGUACCUCCGGAGGACAUCACCAGCUCCAGAGACGCAGAUGGAGAACGCCGUCCAGUAUGUGCGCAGCAGAGACAUGCAGAGGAUGAAAGCUGCUGCUGGAGCAUCUACCUCCACCUCCAGCAGCAGCGCAGCCUCUGCAUCGGCCACAAGCCAGAGAGCCACGAGUGCAUCACAGCCUCUUGGUCCAGCGCUUGUGGAGUUUGUCUCUGGUCGGCGUUCUCUAUCUGCUGUGGAGAUGCAGGCCCAGGUGAAGAAGCUGGUGGCCCCUAAGCCUGCAUCUACAGCCCCCAACUUCAGCCCCUUCAGACCAGCUCUGUCCUCCACCCAGUCAUCUGUGGAGCCUACAGAUGAAGAGCUGGUCAAGGCGGUAGUUGACUUGGAGACCUGUAAGUAAAGAGUAAAGUCAUAAACAGGAAACACUUUGUUCACAAACAAAAGUACUUGUAUUCAUUGUUGACGCUUUUUUAAUUUGACUUUAAAACGUUUCUUGAUCAGAGGAAGAAAGCGGAUGACUGGUAAGUUUUGCGUCAGCGGUCUGAUGAUCAUCUCGGAUCAAUAACCCACCUCUGCAAAUAACAUCGUCCUUUUCACCGUGCUUUCAUCAGCGCCUGGCUAGCUCAACAACAUCUGCAUGGCUAACUAGUUAUCAUCUCACCCUCACUUUCGCUCUUUAAAAUCACCUCCUGAUCUCUUGUGGUGUGUAAAUGCAGCUCAAUCUUUGUCGGUCUCUCAGUAUUAACAGUAUUAAUAAUAAUUCAUCUUAAUCUCAACCUUUUACGUUACUCAAACAUCUCCUUUACCUUCAAGCCUUGAUUGCAAAGGCUCCCCUUUUGCGCCUGCCACCACCCGCUGCUGCUGCUGCCGCCGCCGCCGCCGCCUCCUCCUCAGCAGCACCUCCUCCUCCGGGAGCCGGUGUCUCUACUCUGCUGGACGAGCCCACAGACGAGGAGCUGCUGGAAGCCUCACAGGAGAUAGACCUUCUGCAGCCCUCGUCGUGGUUCAGCCUGCCGGGACACCGGCUCCCUCGCCUCCAGCCGCCCCCUUGACGCCGUCCGCACCCGUUGCCGUGGAGGAACGGGAGGAGUUGCCCGG